AUGCUUGAGAACGCUGUGCACUCGCUGCAAAUCCGUCCGUCGCGAUUGGACCUCAUUGACAACAAGCAACUGACCUCUUUCCCGCUUCCGCACCCGAAUCUUGCACAGACUAGCCCGCACGGAGAGCUUUUACUCGUGGAAGAUUACAUUCAUUACCCAAAGGGUUUUCGCAAAAAGGCAUCACUAUUUGAUAUCAAACGCGCCAUUGACAAUGAUAUGACACCUCCUGAUGCACUGCUGCCGCUCUACUAUCGCAAACAAAGCGUCAACUCGAGUUCUACCCUGAACAGCGAAACCGAGGCCUACAUCAAGACGACAGACUCGAACUUACGAUAUUGUGUUGUCUGUGACCGUCCACUGUACGAUCUAAGCUCUCUACUUCCUCGAAGCCGGUGUGCGGAAAUCGUGUGCUGCCACUGUUUUCAGGAGUACGAGAUUCUCCAAGCUGCAUUGAAAAAAAUAGAUCCAGGACUUGCCCAUCUGUUCUCCGACACGGAGUCGGAAAAUACCCCCGAAACAGUGAACCCGGACUUCUCAGUAGCAGACCAGACCGCAGAAACAUUAGAGACAGCAAGAGAUACGAGCAAUACUGUCUGUCUCCACACAUCCCAAACCGAUUCUGCCACCUUCGACGCCAUAAUAUCCACUCUACGACGCAUUCAGGUUGAAGACGAAAUUGCCAGAACACACCCGCGCAGAAAAUCGAGCCCCAUGAGAAGCCUGCUGAGCCUUAGGAGCAGGCUGAGCUUGAGAACAUAA